AUGAGCCAGGAGAAGAUCAAGACAAACUCAAACGUCGCAGGGGGUCAGCAACCUACCUUCACUGCGUUUGGUUUUGCGUGCUCCACGUUGCCUCCAUGA